CAGCCCAAGAUGGCGGCGGGCGGCGCGGGGGCCGCGGCCGGGCCCGGCUGGGACGUGGCCGUGCGGCCGCUGCUCUCCGCCUCCUACUCGGCCUUUGACAUGAAGGAGCUGCCACAGCUGCUCGCCUCGGUCAUCGAGAGUGAAUCUGAGAUCCUGCACCACGACAAGCAGUACGAGCCUUUUUACUCCUCCUUCGUUGCACUUUCCACACACUACAUCACUACUGUGUGUGGUCUCAUACCCAGAAACCAGUUGCAGUCAGUGGCAGCUGCGUGUAAAGUCCUGAUUGAAUUCUCCCUGCUGCGCCUUGAGAACCCAGACGAAGCAUGUGCUGUUUCACAGAAACACCUCAUUCUGCUGAUCAAGGGGCUGUGCACGGGCUGCAGCCGCCUGGACCGCACAGAAAUCAUCACCUUCACAGCGAUGAUGAAAUCUGCCAAGCUGCCUCAGACUGUCAAAACCCUCUCUGAUGUUGAGGACCAGAAGGAAUUGGCCUCCCCAGUGAGUCCAGAGCUGAGACAGAAGGAAGUGCAGAUGAAUUUCCUCAACCAAUUGACAUCAGUCUUUAACCCCAGAGUCUCAUCAUCACCAUCAAUCACAACAGAGACACAGGUGGAAGGAGAGAAUGAGGAUCAAGCUGGCACAGAUCAAACCUCUGCAACAAAGACCAAGAGCAUAUUCAUUGCUCAGAAUGUGGCCAGCCUGCAAGAACUUGGUGGCUCCGAGAAGCUGCUGCGCGUGUGCCUGAACCUGCCGUACUUCCUGCGCUACAUCAACCGCUUCCAGGACGCCGUGUCCGCCAACUCCUUCUUCAUCAUGCCGGCCACCGUGGCCGACGCCACGGCCGUGCGCAACGGGUUCCACUCGCUGGUGAUCGAUGUCACCAUGGCUCUGGAUACUCUGUCCCUGCCCGUGCUGGAGCCCCUGACGCCCACACGUCUCCAGGAUGUGACUGUUCUUGCUCUCAGCUGUCUCUAUGCAGGUGUGAGCGUGGCCACCUGCAUGGCCAUCCUGCACGUGGGCAGCACCCAACAGGUACGAACCGGGUCAACGAGCUCCAAAGAAGAAGAUUAUGAAAACGAUGCUGCUACUAUUGUACAGAAAUGUCUUGAAAUCUAUGAAAUGAUUGGACAAGCCAUCAGCAAUUCACGCCGUGCAGGGGGGGAGCAUUAUCAGAACUUCCAGCUGCUCGGGGCUUGGUGUUUGCUGAACAGCCUCUUCCUCAUCUUGAACCUCAGCCCCACAGCCUUGGCUGAUAAGGGGAAGGAGAAGGAUCCCUUGGCUGCUCUUCGUGUCAGAGACAUCAUCGCUCGCACCAAGGAGGGCGUGGGGUCUCCCAAGCUGGGACCUGGGAAAGGGCAUCAAGGGUUUGGGGUGCUGUCAGUAGUGCUGGCAAAUCAUGCCAUCAAAUUGCUGUCAUCUCUUUUCCAAGAUCUGCAGGUGGAGGCGUUGCACAAGGGCUGGGAGAGCGAUGGCCCUCCAGCAGUGCUGGAUAUCAUGGCUCAGAGCACAUCCAUCCAGAGGAUCCAGCGGCUCAUAGACUCUGUGCCACUCACUAAUCUGCUGCUGACUCUGCUCUCCACUUCCUACAGAAAGGCCUGUGUCCUGCAGCGCCAGAGGAAGGGCUCCAUGAGCAGCGAUGCCAGUGCCUCCACUGACUCCAACACUUACUAUGAGGAUGACUUUAGCAGCACUGAGGAGGACAGCAGCCAAGAUGACGACAGUGAGCCAAUCCUGGGGCAAUGGUUUGAAGAGACAAUCUCUCCCAGCAAGGAGAAAGUGGCCCCACCACCACCCCCUCCACCCCCUCCUUUGGAGAGCUCACCGAGGGUGAAGAGCCCCAACAAGCAGAGUGCUGGGGAGAACGGGAACAUCUUGGCCAGCCGCAAGGACCCCGAGCUGUUUUUGAGCCUAGCUUCAAACAUUUUGAACUUUAUCACUUCUUCUAUGCUGAACUCCAGGAAUAACUUCAUUCGCAACUACCUGAGCGUGUCCCUGUCGGAGCAGCACAUGGCCACGCUGGCGAGCAUCAUCAAGGAGGUGGACAAGGAUGGCCUGAAGGGCACGUCAGAUGAGGAGUUUGCUGCUGCUCUGUAUCACUUCAACCAUUCCUUGGUAACCUCAGAUCUUCAAUCCCCCGCCCUGCAGAACACACUUCUCCAGCAGCUGGGAGUUGCCCCUUUUUCUGAAGGUCCGUGGCCUCUCUACAUCCACCCUCAAAGUUUGUCUGUGCUGUCCCGACUACUCUUGAUUUGGCAGCAUAAAGCCACUUCCCAGGGAGAUCCUGAUGUUCCAGAAUGCCUUAAAGUCUGGGAAAGGUUUGUGGGCACCCUGAAGCAAAAUGCCUUGCAGGGGACUCUCCCCAGUGACACAGAAGAUCUGAAUGUGGAGCAUCUCCAGCUGCUGCUGCUCAUUUUCCACAAUUUCUCGGAGAGGGGCCGCAGAUCUGUCAUGAUGCUCUGUAUCCAGACCAUCGUGGAGCUGACAGCAAACAUGGAGACCCAGCAGUGUUCUGUGCCUCUUACCGUGGCACGGCUGCUCCUGGUGUUUGACUACCUGCUCCACCAGUACUCCAAGGCCCCCAUGUACCUGUUUGAACAGGUACAAUACAAUUUGCUGACUCCACCCAUUGGCUGGGUGAGUGGAUCCCAGGACAGCAGCAGACGAACAUCUGCCCCACUUUAUCAUGGCUUUAAAGAAGUGGAAGAAAACUGGACCAAACAUUGUUCAUCAGACUCUGCUCCACAGCCCAGGUUCUACUGCAUCCUGUCUCCAGAAGCUUCUGAGGAUGAUCUGAACCGUCUGGAUAGCACGGUGUGUGAGGUCCUUUUCUCCAGGGCUGCGAAGUACGACGAGCUCUAUGCAGCCCUCACCUCAUUACUGGCUGCUGGCUCCCAGUUUGAUACACUAAGGAGGAGGGAGAACAAAAAUGUCACUGCACUGGAAGCCUGUGCCCUUCAAUACUACUUCCUGAUCCUGUGGCGGAUCCUGGGGAUUCUGCCUCCCUCCAAAAGCUACAUGCACCAUUUGGCCAUGAACACCCCUGAGAUGAGUGACUGUGACCUCCUGCACACCCUGCGCUGGUCUUCCCGCCUGCAGAUCCCGUCCUACGUCGUGUGGAUCAAGGAUCACCUUAUCAAGCAGGGCAUGAAGGCUGAGCAUGCUGCUCCUCUCAUUGAACUGACCUCCAGCAAAUGCAUCUCAGUGAAGUACGACGUGGAAAUAGCAGAGGAAUACUUUGCUCGACAGAUCUCAUCUUUCUGUGCUGUCGACUGCACGACCAUUCUCCAGCUGCACGAAGUCCCCAGUUUACAGUCCAUUUACACCCUUGAUGCUGCCAUCUCCAAGAUCCAGGUUUCUCUAGAUGAGCACUUUUCCAAGUCAGCUGCAGAAACUGACCCCCACAAGUCCUCAGAGAUAACAAAGAACCUUCUCCCUGCUACGCUGCAGCUCAUUGACACUUAUGCUACUUUUACCAGGUCCUACUUGCUGCGGAGCCUCUCGGAGGAGGCCUCCUCGGACAGCAGACCCUCCGAGGAGAAGCUGCGGGGCUACGCCGCUGUCCUGGCCAUCGGCUCCGGCCGCUGCAAGUCCAACACUCUGGGUCCAACCCUUGUCCAGAACCUGCCAUCAGUUGUGCAGACCCUGUGUGAAUCCUGGAACAACAUCCACACCAACGAGUUCCCCAACAUUGGCUCAUGGCGCAACGCCUUUGCCAACGACACCAUCCCUGCAGAAAGCUACAUCAGCGCCGUGCAGGCCGCCCACCUGGGCACCCUCUGCAGCCAGAGCCUGCCCCUGGCAGCCUCCCUCAAGCACACCCUGCUGUCCCUGGUCAGGCUCACCGGGGAUCUCAUCAUCUGGUCAGAUGAUCCAAACCCACCCCAGGUGAUCCAUUCCCUGCUGCCCCUCCUUCUGGAGACCAGCACAGAGAGCGUGGCAGAAAUCAGCAGCAACUCCCUGGAAAGGAUCCUGGGCCCGGCGGACUCCGAUGAGUUCCUGGCACGUGUUUAUGAGAAGUUGAUCACGGGGUGCUAUAACAUACUGGCCCAUCAUUCUGACCCAAACAGUGGCCUGGAUGAGUCCAUCUUGGAGGAAUGUUUGCAGCAUCUGGAGAAACAGCUGGAGAGCAGCCAGGCCAGAAAAGCCAUGGAGGAGUUCUUUUCAGAAAGUGGAGAGCUGGUGCAGAUCAUGAUGGCGACGGCCAACGAGAACCUCUCGGCCAAGUUCUGUAACAGGGUGCUGAAAUUCUUCACCAAACUCUUCCAGCUGACUGAGAAGAGCCCCAACCCCAGCCUGCUGCGCCUCUGCGGCUCCCUGGCCCAGCUGGCCUGUGUGGAGCCCGUGAGACUGCAGGCCUGGCUGACCAGGAUGACCAUGUCCCCCCCCAAGGACUCGGACCAGCUGGACGUGGUGCAGGAGAACAGGCAGCUGCUGCAGCUCCUGACCACUUACAUUGUUCGGGAGAACAGCCAAGUGGGGGAAGGCGUGUGCACUGUUCUGCUCAGCACUCUGAUACCAAUGGCAACAGAGAUGUUGGCCAAUGGGGAUGGCACGGGCUUUCCUGAGCUGAUGGUCGUCAUGGCAACUUUGGCCAGUGCAGGACAAGGGGCAGGACACCUCCAGCUUCAUGGUGCUGCUGUGGACUGGCUGGGCAGAUGCAAGAAAUACCUGUCUCAAAAGAACGUGGUAGAGAAAAUGAAUGCCAACGUCAUGCAAGGGAAGCACGUGACAAUCCUGGAGUGCACGUGCCACAUCGUGUCCUACCUGGCCGAUGUCACCAACGCCCUGAGCCAGAGCAGCGGGCAGGGCCCCAGCCACCUGUCCGUGGACGGCGAGGAGCGCGCCAUCGAGGUGGACUCGGACUGGGUGGAGGAGCUGGCUGUGGAGGAGGAGGACUCCCAGGCUGAGGACUCGGAUGAAGAUUCUCUCUGUAAUAAACUCUGUACCUUCACCAUCACACAGAAAGAAUUCAUGAAUCAACACUGGUACCACUGUCACACUUGCAAGAUGGUUGAUGGGGUUGGUGUUUGCACAGUUUGUGCUAAAGUUUGUCACAAGGAUCAUGAGAUUUCUUACGCCAAGUACGGAUCCUUCUUCUGUGACUGUGGAGCCAAAGAGGAUGGCAGCUGCCUGGCGUUGGUGAAGAGAACUCCCAGCAGUGGGAUGAGCUCUACCAUGAAGGAAUCAGCCUUCCAGAGCGAGCCCCGCGUGCCCGAGAGCGUCAUCCGCCACGCCAGCACGUCCCCGGCUGAGAAGGCCAAGGUCACCAUCAGCGAGGGCAAGGGCCCCGACGAGGAGAAGCCCAAAAAGAGCAGCCUGUGCAGAAACGUGGAGGGCUGUCGAGAGGAGCUGCAGUCCCAGGCCAACUUUUCCUUUGCACCUUUGGUGCUGGAGAUGCUGAAUUUCCUGAUGGAUGCCAUCCAGGUCAACUUCCAGCAAGCUUCAGCCAUGGGGAGCAGCAGCCGUGCCCAGCAGGCUCUCAGUGAGCUCCACACUUUGGACAAAUCAGUAGAAAUGACAGAUCAGUUGAUGGUCCCCACCCUCGGCUCGCAGGAAGGCGCCUUUGAGAACGUGCGCAUGAACUACAGCGGGGACCAGGGCCAGACCAUCCGGCAGCUGAUCAGCGCGCACGUGCUGCGGCGCGUGGCCAUGUGCGUGCUGUCCUCGCCCCACGGCCGCCGCCAGCACCUGGCUAUCACAGUGCUCCAGCUCUCAGCCCUGCUGAAACAAGCCGACUCCAGCAAAAGGAAGCUGACCCUCACCCGCCUGGCAUCGGCGCCCGUCCCGUUCACUGUGCUGAGCCUGACUGGGAAUCCCUGCAAGGAGGACUACCUGGCUGUGUGUGGGCUGAAGGAUUGCCAUGUGUUAACAUUCAGCAGCUCUGGAUCAGUCUCUGAUCAUUUGGUGCUUCAUCCCCAACUGGCCACUGGGAAUUUCAUCAUCAAAGCCGUGUGGCUGCCAGGAUCUCAAACAGAGCUGGCCAUUGUCACUGCAGACUUUGUGAAGAUUUAUGACCUCUCAGUAGAUGCCUUGAGUCCAACUUUCUACUUCCUCCUACCGAGUUCCAAAAUCAGGGAUGUCACUUUCCUGUUCAACGAGGAGGGGAAGAACAUCAUUGUGAUCAUGUCCUCUGCUGGCUACAUCUACACACAGCUCAUGGAGGAGGCCAGCAGUGCCCAGCACGGGCCCUUCUAUGUCACCAAUGUGCUUGAAGUCAACCACGAGGACCUGAAGGACAGCAAUGGCCAGGUGGCAGGAGGGGGGGUGUCAGUCUAUUACUCCCACGUGCUGCAGAUGUUGUUCUUCAGCUACUGCCAAGGCAAAUCCUUCGCAGCCACCAUCAGCCGAGCCAGCCUGGAAGUGCAGCGGCUCUUCCCAAUUAACAUCAAGAGUUCCAAUGGUGGCAGUAAGACUUCUCCAGCCCUGUGUCAGUGGUCUGAGGUGAUGAACCACCCUGGCCUGGUGUGCUGUGUCCAGCAGACCACGGGUGUCCCACUGGUGGUGAUGGUGAAGCCAGACACCUUCCUCAUUCAGGAGAUUAAGACCUUGCCAGCCAAAGCAAAGAUCCAGGACAUGGUGGCCAUCCGUCACACGGCCUGCAACGAGCAGCAGAGGACCACCAUGAUCCUGCUGUGUGAGGAUGGCAGCCUGAGGAUCUACAUGGCCAACGUGGAGAACACAUCCUACUGGCUGCAGCCCUCUCUGCAGCCCAGCAGCGUCAUCAGCAUCAUGAAACCCGUGCGCAAGCGCAAGGCAGCCGCCAUCACAACUCGCACAUCCAGCCAGGUGAACUUCCCCAUUGACUUCUUUGAGCACAACCAGCAGCUGACAGACGUGGAGUUCGGGGGCAAUGACCUGCUGCAGGUCUACAAUGCCCAGCAGAUCAAGCACCGGCUCAACUCCACGGGCAUGUACGUGGCCAACACAAAGCCCGGGGGUUUCACCAUCGAGGUGACCAACAACAACAGCACCAUGGUGAUGACAGGCAUGCGGAUCCAGAUCGGCACGCAGGCCAUCGAGCGCGCUCCCUCCUACCUGGAGAUCUUCGGCCGCACCAUGCAGCUCAACAUGACCCGGGCCCGCUGGUUUGACUUCCCCUUCACCCGCGAGGAGGCCCUGCAGGCUGACAAGAAGCUCACCAUCUUCAUUGGGGCUUCUGUGGAUCCUGCUGGAGUCACCAUGAUGGAUUCCAUUAAAAUUUAUGGCAAAACCAAAGAGCAGUUUGGCUGGCCUGACGAGCCCCCCGAGGACUUCCCAUCUGCUUCUGUGAGCAACGUUUGUCCCCCAAACCUCAACCAAGGGAAUGGCACUGGGGACACCGAGUCUGCUGCCCCUGCUGCUGCCAGUGGGACUGUCCUGGAGAGGCUAGUAGUGAGUUCUUUAGAAGCGCUGGAAAGCUGCUUUGCAGUGGGACCAGUCAACGAGAAGGAGAAGAAUAAGAUUGCAGCUCAGGAACUGGCUACUGUGCUGCUGUCCAUGCCAGCCCCUUCCAGCGUGCAGCAGCAGACCAAGAGCCUCCUGGCCAGCUUGCACACCAGCCGUUCAGCCUACCACAACCACAAGGAUCAAGCACUGCUAAGCAAAGCCAUUCAGUAUUUGACUUCCUCAACCAAAGAAGGAAAGGACCUUGAUCCCGAGGUAUUCCAGAGGCUGGUCAUCACUGCUCGAUCCAUUGCUAUUAUGAGACCCAACAAUCUGGUCCACUACACAGAAUCCAGGCUGCCACAGCUGGAAACAGAGAGUGAAGAAGGGCAGGAGGCCCAGAAACACACGGAAGGAGAGGGCUGCACCUUCAUUACCCAGCUGGUGAACCACUUCUGGAAGCUCCAUGCAUCAAAACCCAAAAACGCCUUCCUGGCCCCUGCCUGCCUGCCAGGUCUCACUCACGUUGAAGCCACAGUCAAUGCUUUGGUGGAUAUUAUCCAUGGAUACUGCACGUGUGAGCUGGACUGUAUCCAUACUGCAUCCAAGAUCUACAUGCAGAUGUUACUUUGCCCAGACCCAGCAGUAAGCUUUUCCUGCAAGCAAGCUUUGAUCAGGGUGCUGAGACCCCGGAACAAGCGGCGCCACGUGACCCUGCCAUCGUCCCCCCGCAGCAACACCCCCAUGGGAGAUAAGGAUGAUGAUGAUGAUGAUGAUGCAGAAGACAAGCUGCAGAGCUCUGGGAUAGCAAAUGGAGAGCACAUCCGACAGGAGAGCCAGGAGCAGAGCGAGGUGGAUCACGGGGACUUUGAGAUGGUGUCUGAAUCCAUGGUUCUGGAGACUUCUGAGAAUGUGAACAAUGGAAAUCCUUCUCCUCUGGAGGCUCUCCUGGCUGGAGCAGAGGGCUUCCCUCCAAUGCUGGAUAUCCCUCCAGAUGCAGAUGACGAGACAAUGGUGGAGUUGGCUAUUGCCCUGAGCCUGCAACAAGAUCAGCAAGGGAGCAGCAGCAGUGCCCUGGGACUGCAGAGCUUAGGACUGUCCGGCCAAGCUCCCAGCUCCUCCUCUCUCGACGCUGGAACGCUCUCAGACACAACAGCAUCAGCUCCAGCCUCCGACGACGAGGGCAGCACGGCGGCCACGGACGGCUCCACGCUGCGGACGUCGCCCGCGGAGCACGGCGGCAGCGUGGGCUCGGAGAGCGGCGGCAGCGCCGUGGACUCGGUGGCCGGGGAGCACAGCGUGUCUGGCCGGAGCAGCGCCUACGGGGACACCACGGCCGAGGGCCACCCGGCGGGGCCGGGCAGCGUCAGCUCCAGCACAGGAGCCAUCAGCACCACCACGGGCCAGCAGGAGGGAGAGGGCUCCGAGGGGGAAGGGGAGGCAGAGGGGGACGUCCACACCAGCAACAGGCUGCACAUGGUCCGGCUGAUGCUGCUGGAGCGGCUGCUGCAGAAUCUCCCCCAGCUGAGGAACGUGGGAGGGGUCCGGGCCAUCCCUUACAUGCAGGUUAUUCUGAUGCUCACAACAGACCUAGAUGGAGAUGAUGAGAAAGACAAGGGAGCUUUGGAUAACCUUCUGUCCCAGCUGAUUGCAGAGCUGGGCAUGGACAAAAAGGAUGUGUCCAAGAAAAACGAGCGCUCCCCUGUGAACGAGGUGCACUUGGUGGUGAUGAGGCUGCUCAGUGUCUUCAUGUCCAGGACCAAGUCAGGAUCCAAGACUUCCAUUUGUGAGGCUUCCUCCCUGAUCUCCAGUGCCACGGCAGCCGCCUUGCUGAGCUCUGGUGCUGUUGAUUACUGUCUGCACGUGCUCAAGUCCCUGCUGGAGUACUGGAAGAGCCAGCAGAACGACGAGGAGCCUGUGGCCACCAGCCAGCUGCUGAAGCCUCACACCACUUCCUCUCCUCCUGACAUGAGCCCCUUUUUCCUCCGCCAGUAUGUGAAGGGCCAUGCUGCAGAUGUUUUUGAGGCCUACACUCAGCUCCUGACAGAGAUGGUGCUGCGCCUGCCCUACCAGAUCAAGAAGAUUGCAGACACAAACUCCCGCAUCCCCCCGCCCAUCUUUGAUCACUCCUGGUUCUACUUUUUGUCUGAGUACCUGAUGAUCCAGCAGACGCCGUUCGUGCGCCGGCAGGUGCGCAAGCUGCUGCUCUUCAUCUGCGGCUCCAAGGACAAGUACCGGCAGCUGCGGGACCUGCACACCCUGGACUCGCACGUGAGGGGCAUCAAGAAGCUGCUGGAGGAGCAGGGCAUCUUCCUGAGGGCCAGCGUGGUGACAGCCAGCUCGGGCUCUGCCCUGCAGUACGACACCCUAAUCUCCCUGAUGGAACAUUUGAAGGCUUGUGCAGAGAUUGCCACGCAGAGAACAGUGAACUGGCAGAAAUUCUGCAUCAAGGAUGACUCGGUUCUCUAUUUCCUGCUCCAAGUCAGCUUCCUGGUAGACGAAGGAGUGUCCCCAGUUCUCCUGCAGCUGUUGUCUUGUGCUCUGUGUGGCAGCAAAGUGCUGUCUGUGGCUUCAUCCUCUGGAGCUUCCAGCACCUCUUCCACCUCUGCUCCUGCAGCAUCUGGCUCUGGGCAGGCAGCAGCACAGAGCAAAUCCUCCACCAAAAAGAGCAAGAAGGAGGAAAAGGAGAAGGAGCGAGAGGGUGAGGGUUCAGGCAGCCAGGAGGACCAGCUGUGUACGGCCCUGGUGAACCAGCUGAACAAGUUUGCUGACAAGGAGACCCUCAUCCAGUUCCUGCGCUGCUUCCUGCUGGAAUCCAACUCCUCCUCGGUGAGGUGGCAGGCCCACUGCCUGGCCCUGCACAUCUACAGGAACUCCAACAAGUCCCAGCAGGAGUUACUGCUGGAUCUCAUGUGGUCCAUCUGGCCAGAACUCCCAGCCUAUGGAAGAAAGGCUGCCCAGUUUGUAGAUCUCCUGGGAUACUUCUCCCUGAAAACACAGCAGACUGAGAAAAAGCUGAAGGAAUAUUCCCAAAAGGCUGUGGAGAUCCUCCGGACUCAAAACCACAUUCUCACCAACCACCCCAACUCCAACAUCUACAACACAUUGUCUGGGCUCGUGGAAUUUGAUGGCUACUACCUGGAGAGUGAUCCUUGCCUUGUCUGCAACAACCCUGAGGUGCCUUUCUGUUACAUCAAGCUCUCGUCCAUCAAAGUGGACACGCGCUACACGACCACACAGCAGGUGGUGAAGCUCAUUGGCAGCCACACCAUCAGCAAGGUGACAGUGAAGAUUGGAGACCUGAAACGAACCAAGAUGGUGAGAACCAUCAACCUCUACUACAACAACAGGACCGUGCAGGCCAUCGUGGAGCUGAAGAACAAGCCGGCCCGCUGGCACAAGGCCAAGAAGGUGCAGCUGACGCCGGGGCAGACGGAGGUGAAGAUCGAUCUGCCCCUGCCCAUCGUGGCCUCCAACCUGAUGAUCGAGUUCGCCGACUUCUACGAGAACUACCAGGCCUCCACCGAGACCCUGCAGUGCCCGCGCUGCAGCGCCUCGGUGCCCUGGGAUGAGAAGUGCCACAUCACUCUCCUCUUUUACCCGAGCCCGUUCAGUUUGUUCCAUUGCAUCAGCAGCCUUGAGCUGCAGGUUUUGAGCUGCUGCCUUCCUUUCAGGUCCAUCAAUUACGAUGAGAAGGAUCCCUUCCUGUGCAAUGCCUGUGGCUUCUGUAAAUACGCCCGCUUCGACUUCAUGCUCUAUGCCAAGCCCUGCUGCGCCGUGGACCCCAUCGAGAACGAGGAGGAUCGCAAGAAGGCGGUGACGAACAUCAACACUCUGCUGGACAAGGCUGACAGGGUGUACCACCAACUGAUGGGGCACCGGCCGCAGCUGGAGAACCUCCUGUGCAAAGUGAACGAGGCAGCCCCUGAGAAGCCCCAGGAUGAGUCGGGCAACAGUGGAGGGAUCAGUUCCACCUCAGCCAGCGUGAACAGGUACAUCCUGCAGUUAGCCCAGGAGUACUGUGGGGACUGCAAGAACUCCUUCGAUGAACUUUCCAAAAUCAUCCAGAAAGUGUUUGCCUCCCGGAAGGAGCUGCUGGAGUACGACCUGCAGCAGCGCGAGGCGGCCACCAAGUCCUCGCGCAGCUCGGCGCUGCCCACCUUCACGGCCAGCCAGUACCGCGCGCUGUCGGUGCUGGGCUGCGGCCACACGUCCUCCACCAAGUGCUACGGCUGCGCCUCGGCCGUCACCGAGCACUGCAUCACCCUGCUGCGGGCCCUGGCCACCAACGGGGCCAUCCGCCACAUCCUGGUGGCCCAGGGGCUCAUCCGAGAGCUCUUCGACUACAACCUGCGCCGCGGCGCGGCCGCCAUGCGCGAGGAGGUGCGGCAGCUCAUGUGCCUCCUGACCAGGGACAAUCCAGAGGCCACACAGCAAAUGAAUGACUUAAUCAUUGGGAAGGUUUCUGCAGCUCUGAAAGGACACUGGGCAAAUCCAGACUUGGCGAGCAGCCUCCAGUACGAGAUGCUGCUGCUGACAGACUCCAUCUCCAAGGAGGACAGCUGCUGGGAGCUGCGGCUGCGCUGCGCUCUCAGCCUCUUCCUGAUGGCAGUGAACAUCAAAACUCCGGUGGUUGUUGAAAACAUCACCCUCAUGUGCCUGCGCAUACUCCAGAAGCUCAUCAAGCCACCUGCUCCAACCAGCAAGAAAAACAAGGAUGUACCAAUGGAUGCUCUCACCACUGUGAAGCCUUACAGCAAUGAAAUCCAUGCACAGGCUCAGCUGUGGCUCAAGAGGGACCCCAAGGCAUCGUAUGAAGCUUGGAAGAAGUGCCUCCCUGCCAGAGGUGCAGAUGCCAACGGGAAAACUCCCAGCAAAGCUGAGCUUCACCAGCUCUACUUGUCAGAAAAAUACGUCUGGAAGUGGAAGCAGUUCAUGAGUCGGCGUGGGAAGAGAACUUGUCCUCUGGAUCUGAAGCUGGGGCACAACAAUUGGCUGCGCCAGGUGCUGUUCACUCCUGCCACCCAGGCUGCCAGGCAGGCUGCCUGCACCAUCGUGGAGGCCCUGGCCACCAUCCCCAGCAGGAAGCAGCAGGUCCUUGAUCUCCUCACCAGCUACCUGGAUGAGCUGAGCAUUGCUGGUGAAUGUGCUGCUGAGUACCUGGCCCUGUAUCAGAAACUCAUCAAACCUGCCCACUGGAAGGUCUACCUGGCAGCCAGAGGGGUUCUGCCCUACAUUGGCAGCCUCAUCACUAAGGAAAUAGCUCGUUUGCUGGCCUUGGAGGAAGCAACACUCAGCACGGAUUUGCAGCAGGGAUAUGCCCUGAAGAGUCUCACAGGUCUUCUCUCUUCCUUCGUGGAGGUGGAGUCCAUCAAAAGGCACUUCAAGAGCCGGCUGGUGGGCACGGUGCUCAAUGGCUACCUGUGCCUGAGGAAGCUGGUGGUGCAGAGGACAAAGCUGAUUGAUGAGACCCAGGACAUGCUGCUGGAGAUGCUGGAGGACAUGACAACAGGCACAGAGUCAGAGACCAAGGCGUUCAUGGCCGUGUGCAUAGAGACUGCCAAGCGUUACAGCCUGGAUGACUACAGGACCCCCGUGUUCAUCUUUGAGAGGCUCUGCAGCAUCAUCUACCCUGAGGAGAAUGAAGUCACCGAGUUCUUUGUCACUCUGGAGAAAGAUCCCCAGCAGGAAGAUUUCCUGCAGGGCAGGAUGCCAGGGAAUCCCUACAGCAGUAACGAGCCUGGCAUCGGGCCUCUCAUGAGGGACAUCAAGAACAAGAUCUGUCAGGACUGUGACCUGGUGGCUCUGCUGGAGGACGACAGCGGGAUGGAGCUUUUGGUGAACAACAAGAUCAUCAGUCUGGAUCUGCCAGUGGCUGAGGUCUACAAGAAGGUGUGGUGUCCCACAAACGAGGGGGAGCCCAUGAGGAUCAUUUACCGCAUGCGGGGGUUACUGGGAGAUGCAACGGAGGAAUUCAUCGAGUCCCUCGACUCCACCACUGAUGAGGAGGAGGAUGAGGAAGAAGUGUAUAAGAUGGCAGGGGUGAUGGCCCCGUGUGGAGGCCUGGAGUGCAUGCUCAACAGACUGACUGGCAUCAAGGACUUCAAACAGGGCCGGCACCUCUUAACCGUGCUGUUAAAACUCUUCAGUUACUGUGUGAAGGUGAAAAUAAACCGGCAGCAGCUGGUCAAGCCAGAGAUGAACACUUUGAAUGUCAUGCUGGGGACUCUCAACUUGGCUCUGGUGGCUGAGCAGGAGAGCAAGGACAGCGGGGGAGCAGCAGUGGCAGAGCAGGUGCUCAGCAUCAUGGAGAUCAUUCUGGAUGAAUCCAACGCGGAACCGCUGAGCGAGGACAAGGGCAACCUCCUCCUCACGGGGGACAAGGACCAGCUGGUGAUGCUGCUGGACCAGAUCAACAGCACCUUUGUGCGCUCCAACCUGAGCGUGCUGCAGGGGCUGCUGCGCAUCAUCCCCUACCUGUCCUUCGGGGAGGUGGAGAAGAUGCAGAUCCUGGUGGAUCGCUUCAAGCCCUACUGUAACUUCGAUAAGUAUGAUGAGGAGCACAGUGGAGAUGAUAAAGUUUUCCUGGAUUGCUUCUGUAAAAUAGCAGCAGGAAUAAAGAACAACAGCAACGGUCAUCAGCUGAAAGAUCUCAUCCUGCAGAAGGGGAUUACACAGAAUGCCCUAGAUUAUAUGAAAAAGCACAUUCCAAGUGCAAAAAAUUUGGAUGCAGACAUAUGGAAGAGGUUCUUAUCUCGACCUGCACUUCCUUUUAUCCUGCGCCUGCUCCGAGGCCUCGCGACGCAGCACCCUGCAACACAGGUGCUAAUAGGAACAGACUCCAUCACCAACCUGCACAAACUGGAGCAGGUGUCGAGUGACGAAGGCAUUGGGACGUUGGCAGAGAACCUCCUGGAGGCUCUGAGGGAGCACCCAGAGGUGAACAAGAAGAUCGACGCCGCGCGGAAGGAGACGCGCGCCGAGAAGAAGAGGAUGGCCAUGGCCAUGAGGCAGAAGGCCCUGGGCACCCUGGGCAUGACGACAAAUGAGAAGGGCCAGGUGGUGACCAAGACUGCGCUGCUUAAACAGAUGGAGGAGCUGAUAGAGGAGCCAGGACUGACCUGCUGCAUCUGCCGGGAGGGAUACAAGUUCCAGGUAAUGGGAGUGCUGGGGAUUUACACCUUCACCAAGCGCGUGGCGCUCGAGGAGUUUGAGAACAAGCCCCGCAAGCAGCAGGGCUACAGCACCGUGUCCCACUUCAACAUCGUGCACUACGACUGCCACCUGGCAGCUGUCAGACUCGCUCGGGGCCGCGAGGAGUGGGAGAGCGCAGCCCUGCAAAAUGCCAACACCAAGUGCAAUGGGCUCCUGCCAGUGUGGGGGCCCCACGUGCCAGAGUCUGCUUUUGCCACGUGCUUGGCACGCCACAACACGUACCUCCAGGAGUGCACGGGGCAGCGGGAGCCCACGUACCAGCUGAACGUGCACGACAUCAAGCUGCUGUUCCUGCGCUUCGCCAUGGAGCAGUCGUUCAGCAUCGACACGGGCGGCGGCGGCCGCGAGAGCAACAUCCACCUCAUCCCCUACAUCAUCCACACCGUGCUCUACGUGCUCAACACGUCAGUGCCACCCCCUGCCCCCACAGCUCUGGUAGAGGAAUUGUAUGAAUGGAUCCAGGUGUGGCUGCAGGAGCUGCAGUGGCUACUGGCAGACAAGGCAGUGAAGGAAUACGCCACGUACCGCUCGGGGCUGCUCUUCUGGGCACUCGUGGAUCUCAUUUACAACAUGUUCAAGAAGGUGCCUACCAGUAACACAGAGGGAGGCUGGUCCUUCUCUCUGGCCGAGUUCAUCCGACACAACGACAUGCCAAUCCACGAGGCUGCAGACAAGGCCCUGAAAACCUUCCAGGAGGAAUUCAUGCCAGUGGAAACGUUUUCUGAGUUUUUGGAUGUGGCUGGACUCUUGUCAGAAAUCAAUGAUCCCGACAGCUUCCUCAAGGAUCUCCUGAACUCCAUCCCCUGAGCCAGCACGGAGAAGCUUUGGGCAGAGCCUCCAUUGCUUGCCUUCCACCCCUCUGUGUCCCUCCUCGUGCAGUCUUUCCCUUUCCCAAGGAGUGCUGCAGUUUUUUUGUUGGAAUAUUUUUUGUUUUCCUUUUUUUUUUUUUUUUUUUUUUUUUUUUUUUUUUUUUUUUUUUUUUU